AUGUCGGACGUUGAAAGGGGCCGAAGUGCAACAACGACAACAACAAACACAGCGGCAGCGGCAGCAACAGAAACAGUAACGGCAACCACAGCAACAACAACAGCCACAGCAAAUCAGCGUACAACAAUUAGCAAUGAGCAGCAACAACAGCAAUACAAGCAAGCAAUUGCAACUCCAGGGGCAGCAGCAGCAGCAGCGGUGAAGUUGCAACAUCAACAACUCUAUCACAAUCAACUUUAUCAACAGCAGCACCAGCAACAACAACAACAGCAGCAGCAGCAAUAUAGCAAAUCUGCAGCGCAUUACAACUACAAUAAUAGCGCAACGGUAGCCCAGGAUCGUCAGCAACAACACCAACACCAACAACCACAUUACCAAUUAAUUGCCACAGCCACCGGGGAGUUUGGCAGCAGUGAGGACGAUUCAUCUUUUUUCAGCAGCUGCUUUGGUCUGCUGCUGAAAGUACUCUUCUCACCUCCCGGCUUGGUGGCGUUGGUUGUUGCGUACUCAAUGCUUGGUGCUUGCAUUUUUCCACUGCUCGAGGCGCCACAGGACAUCAAUACUUCGGCAGCGAUUGCAAAGAGUCGAGAGGAGUGCUUGCGUGAGCUGUGGAUUAUAACGGAAAAACUUAACGUCCUUUACGAGCGCAACUGGUCGACUCUGGUGCACGAACAGCUACGUCGCUUCGAGGACUCGGUUGUGGCAGCCACGCGUCACACCAACAACAGCAGCAGCGGCGGCAUGUUUGGCAGCAGUGCAACGGCGCUACGUCGCUACGGCAACACAUUCGACGCGGCGGCAGAUGCAGCGCUAAUGCCAACGCACUGGACUUUUGGUGAGGCGCUGCUCUACUCAGUGACUGUGAUAACGACAAUCGGUCAUGGCAGUUUAACACCACGUACGCCUGCCGGUAAAAUCGCCACCAUUCUAUAUGCCCUAAUCGGUGUGCCACUGAUGUUGAUGUGUCUCUCCAGCUUGGGUACGCUGCUGGCGGAGGCAUUGCAAUGUACAUAUACGCGCAUCUGCUGUCGGCUAGCAAGGCAUCAACAUAAUCAUCACCACUCCCAUCAUCAUCACCAUCAAAACAAACAUGAAAAAGAACACACCGGCAAACAAAAACAUCCGCCCGAACAUGAUCUCUACCAGCAGCAAACGCAUCACCUACAGGUGACAGGCGAGAAGAGCGGACAUUUGCUGGAGGCAUCAGCUGGCAUAGUGGGUGUGAGUGGUAGCGGAGGCAAAUAUGCGAGGCGGUGCAGUGCGGACAGCUUGGAUGAUGGCGCGUUGCUAAAACGUGGGCUGAGCGAUUGCCAGCAGGAAAAGGAACGUGAGCUGGAUUUUAAAAAUUGUAAAUACGAUCCAUUGAUUACUGAAACAAAUCUCAGCAACGGUUAUGAUUACAACAGCAGUAGCAACCUGGGUGGAGGUGGCACUGAUUCCGGGGAUGACUCCUGUCGCUUGCUGCACAAUUCACCAGCGAAAUUAAAUCAAAAUCAAAUGUUAACGGCGACGAAAAUCAAUUCACAAUACUAUCACCACCUCCAACAGCAGCAACCACAGUUGCAACAACAGCAACAACAGAAACGACCAGAUGUUAUGCUAAUGGCAACAACAGCACUGCCAACACAAAAACCGUUACAACAACAGUACCAACAGCUAUAUAGCCGUUCAGCCACACCAUCACCGCAACAUUUUCAACAGCAGCCACAACAGCAACAACAACAAUCAGCAUUACCGCCGCCACAUGGCUUGCAAACAUUCCACAUCGUAUCGGCCAGCUCAUCGCCCACACACCACGGCCAACAACAACAGCAACAACUGCUGCCACAGUCAACACUACGUCAAUAUGCAACACUGCAACCGCAUCAACAUAAGCCACAACAACAAUAUGUUGCUGUACCCAGCGGGGCUUUGGUGCGUUUCCAAACAACAGCCACACCAACGGUAGCCGCAUCAGCGCUCAGUGGCAGCAGCAAUAAUUGCACAACCGAUGGCAAUGGCAAUGUUGGUAUUGGUGUUGGUGCAACACUCAUCGCCACUGGUUUGUCCAGCAAUUGUUAUCAAUCGGCGAACGUGUCAGUGCCUGGCAGCACAGCCACGGCCACAAUUUACUUUCCCAUUGCCCCACCAGCCCAUCCACAUCCACAGCAACAACAGCCGCAUCAGCAGCAGCCCACCUACGCAUCCAUUACGGGCGUUUCCGAGGCGUCGGCCGUACCCACAGCAAACAGUGAUGUGGCGAUAGCAAGAACGUUGACCGGUGCGGGAUCCAGCUCUGGCUCCACAGGCGCAACGCAAUUGCUUUGCAAUCAGCCGAUUGUGAAAUAUCACACCAUACAACUGACGCAUGCGAGAAAGCACCAAACCCAACAAUUACUAGAAGAGCAAUCAGCGUUGAUAGGCGAGGCUGAUGUGAUGCCACUGCCGCCACCGCCUGCAUACCAAACGGCAACAGUGCAUGGUAUACGCCGAGCGAAAUUCCUCACCAAACCUCUACCACCGGAGAUCAGCACCUUAGUAGCCAGUGAGCGAGAUAUAGCCUGCAGACAUGAUUUAUUAUUGCAACAAAGUGAUGGUGGCAGUAGUGGAAAUAAUUCAUCAAAUACUACCAAAGCACCAACACAAUCGGCACCUACCGCCCCACAGCAAACAGCAACGUCGACAACUACAUCGAAUGCACCAAAUGCAACAUCCGUUGCUAUGCUGACAGCUGGAUUGACAGCAACAGCAGCAGCAGCGGCGACGUGUAGCGGUAAUCCGCCAACAUCAACAUCAACAGCCAUACAAAUGGGCACUUUGAUGUCCGGCACAUCGUCUAUGGUGGGUUCGAAUGCCACUGUCGAUAUAAUGGAGGAUGAGGAGGAGCACGAGCAGCAGCGAUUGGGCAACUGCCCGCACGGCACACCCUCACGUGUACCGCUCAUCGCCGGCAGCAGCAGCAUGGGCCACAACAACAACAGCAGCACAGACGAUGAGCAGCGAGGGGCGCGCAAUCUUUUCAAUGCUACCGCAGCCUCCUUUCAUCGUCACACCCUAAACACCUUUCAACGCAACGCAGCUGCACGCAAAUCGGCCAAUUUUACCGCAACACGACGCACAGCCGCCUGCAACAUCCAUGCAAACAGUCAUCGAAGUGGGAAAGCGAGCAGCUGUUAUGGCGAUGCGACAACCGAAACCUCCGACGAAGAAGAAGCCGCUUACAUGCAACGCGAAACAGCACAAGGCGAACAAUUUCGAUUAACCAAGCUCGCCAACAACAACAAGCAUAGCAGAAGAAAUAGCAGUUGCAACCAUGCGGCGGAUGAACAUGAUUACUGUGAUGCCACUGCGUCUACAGCAGACGAUGCAGAUGAUGAGGAUGCCACCUCGAAUGCGGACGAUGAUGAUGCUGGCCCACAGGUACCCAUCAGCAUUGUGCUGCUCAUACUCAUCUGCUACAUUUGUUUGGGAACUGUGAUUUUUGCUUUCUGGGAGAAUUGGUCCAUUGUGGAUGGCGCCUACUUUUGCUUUGUCACCUUGGCCACCAUUGGUUACGGCGACUUUAUGCCCGAGCGUACCUUCCAUGGGCCGCAUGUGCAACUCUUCGCUUGUUGCGCGUAUCUGUUGUUGGGCCUGGUGUUGGUCGCCAUGUCCUUUAGUAUACUGGAGACACAGCUGAUGUGGAAGUGCAAGCGGAUUGCAGUGCGACUGAAGUUGGCCAAUGAUUGA